ACGGAUGUCAUCAAUCAUUGUACGCUGUACAAAAAUGGCGGCAAUAAAAGAAACCAUGCCGAAAGAUCAACAGCUACUUUCUUUUGUAACAUCCUCAUUUCUGGAAAGAAAUGUUUUAUUAAACAUAGACUCUGUGCCAGCGGUUGUUAGACAAACUCAUAUUAUUUGCACCAUCGGGCCAGCUUCUAGAGAGGUGGAUAUGUUGAGUAAGCUGAUGGACGUUGGAAUGAAUAUAUGUCGUCUGAAUUUCUCUCAUGGAUCUUAUGACUACCACGCAGGCACUGUACAAAACAUCAGAGAAGCAGCCUCCAGACGUCCUAAAGGUUCAGUUAUUGCUAUUGCACUUGAUACUAAAGGUCCUGAAAUUCGUACAGGGGUCUUGGAAGGGGGCGCAACCGCCGAGGUCAACUUAGACACAGGCUCAUCCUUGACAGUAACAGUAAAUGAUAGCUUCAGGGAGAAAUGUUCUGCACAAACUCUGUGGGUUGACUACAAGAAAAUGAUACAGGUUCUCUCUGUCGGCAAUUUGAUUUACGUAGACGACGGUUUGAUCUCUUUGAAAGUGACAGAAAAAGGCUCUGAUUAUCUCAAGUGUAUUGUGGUCAAUGGUGGCAAGCUGGGCAGCAAAAAGGGAUGUAAUCUGCCAAACACGCCAAUAGAUUUACCGGCAGUAUCAGGAAAAGAUAAACAAGAUUUGUUAUUUGGACUCGAUCAAAAUGUGGACAUGGUGUUUGCCUCCUUUAUACAGGAUGGCAACGGAAUUAGAGAGAUUCGCCAAGUGCUUGGUCAGAAUGGAAGACAUAUCCAAAUAAUCGCUAAAAUAGAAAGUUUUGAAGGCAUUCGCAGUUUUCCUGAUAUACUAAAAGAAUGUGAUGGUGUGAUGGUAGCCAGAGGAGACAUGGGGAUAGAAAUACCGCCCGAGAAGGUAUUUAUUGCCCAAAAGUAUUUGAUCUCUGCGUGUAACAUGUUUGGCAAACCAGUUAUCUGUGCCACUCAGAUGCUAGAAAGUAUGACAAGUAAGCCUAGAGCCACGCGAGCCGAAUCCAACGAUGUCGCUAAUGCGGUACUAGAUGGAGCUGAUUGUGUGAUGCUGUCUGGAGAAUCGGCCAAAGGCUUAUACCCAAUAGAGGCGGUGAUGCAUAUGAGCUCAGUUUGUCUGGAAGCUGAAUCUGUGUUUCACUCUCGCCAUAUGUUUGGAGAGCUUAGAAGAGUUAACAUUCCUUCAGUUGAUCCAACUCAUAGCUUGGCUAUAUCAACGGUGGCUGCUUCAUACACUUGCAUGGCGGCCGCCAUCAUAGUUAUUACCGAGUCUGGCCGAGCGGCACAUCUUGUAUCUCGUUAUAAACCUCGGUGUCCGAUAGUAAUGGUGACUCACAAUGAAUCUGUUGCCAAGCAAUCCCUUCUUUACAGGGGAGUGAAUCCUAUCUAUGUUCCGUCCACUGAUAACAAUUGGCAGAACGACAUGAAUGUACUGGUUCUAGAAGCACUGGGUUUCUGUCACCUGAAAGAAUUAAACAAACACAAUGAACCAAUUCUUCUACUCAUCGGACUCGUCAAUGGAUCAGACCAGUCCAAUUGUUUACAAGUAAUCACAUCCAAGCCCAAGUCAAAAUAAACCAGAAGGAGUUUGAAAAAACAUAAUACAUUUUAUACGUCCCACAAUCGCUAAACGUCAUACAUGUGCACCUUACAGAAUACAUGUGCACCUUACAGAAUACGUGUGCACCUUACAGAUUCAGUUUAAAGCGUUUUUGAAUGCUACCAAUUAAGAAAAAAAAUAUAAAUAUCUGUAUAAUAUUUUCAAACCUAAGAAUUCAUCAAGGACUAGGUCUAGUUAAAAGAGGAUCAGUACAUCGAAAUCCACCUCUGAAAAGAAUGUGUUCUCUUCUUUGUGCUUGUAAAUAGAUUAAACAUUUACAAUACUCCG